GCUUCCGCUUCACUGUCUCUCCUUCCUCUCGACCUGCCUCUUCGACGUCGGCGGCCAGCCAUCUGGUGUCGUCUACAGCCCCGAAGCAGCGCAAGGGCUGCGUCUCAGCGUCGUUCGUCUUUGUAGCGCAGACGUAAUAUUCGUGCGCCGGCCUGUGUUCUCCGCUUCGUGCAGUUGCUGUUCGCAUCCCAUCAACGCCCCCCGCACACCUCAUUUUUCUCUUUGACGACUCGAACGACCGUUUCAAGGCCUCUCCUACCCGUGCACGUCAUGGCCACUGCCGUCCAGCUUCCUGCCCCGGACGCCGGCGCUCCCCACAACGACGUCUCCUUUGGCCCCGUCCCGCCCAACGGCCACUCACAUUCCAAGUCCCAGUCCAACAGCUACUCACAACGCCUCACCCUCACCGAGUUUGACCUCAGCGACGAUCGCUACCCAUCCUUGUCCUCCCGCAAGUCCCAGUCCCCCUCCUCUCCCCCGGUCCACUCUCCCACCGGCGGCUUUGACCCUGCGUUCGACGCCGGAAUGACAGCAGCCCUGCGUGCCAGCUACGAAAAGUCGCACAGCUCCGAUCCGGUCCCGCUUUCAAAGGCGUGGAUCGGCGAGAACAUCACGCAGGAGCCCGCCGAGGAGUGGAACGCGCCCCCAGCAACGCCUCGCGAGGCACAGUCUCCAAGGCCCGAGGACACGACCUACCCUUCCACCAGCCCCUCCCCCCUCGUGGAGACGUACUCGUUCGACAGGCCCGCCGCCCGGCCGUCGCGCGACGGCUCUGGUGAACAGCGGCUCCCGUACAACAUUCCCUUGCCCCAGUCGCCCUUGCCUCAAUUAUCAGACAUGGGCCAGCCGUUGUCAAGUCCGCGAGCGUUCGGGGACCGAUAUGAUUCGCCAGCUCCGAGCUCCCCUCGCCAUGCCGCGUUGGUCUCUCCUGGGGGCGGCACCAUGUUCUCCCAGCCAAUGUCCCCGAUCGUACCCCUGUCUGCCGGUCCUACGUACAACGCCGUCACCAUGCAGCAGAUCCCCAUCUCGCCGAAGCCCCGGGCCUACUCGCAGCACCCAACGUAUGUGAACCCGACGGCCUCUUCUGCCAUGCAACCGUCGUUCUCGCCCCCGCAGGUGCCCAAGGAGGAGGUCUGUGUCGAGUGUGCAAUGCGCGACCAGGAUAUGGCAGACGUGGACGUCACCAGCCCUGGGGUUUGGGAACGCGAAAGCGAUAUCCUGUACGAGGAGCUGUGUAGACGGGAGAUCGAGGAAGAGCCGUCUGGCCGUGCCUCUUCGGACGCUCAUUCGCGGCCCAGGGCGAAGGGUGGAAUACUCACGGAAGAGAACUUGAGGUUUUGGCAGAGCAUCAACCCUAAAGAGCCAUCCUCUCGCCAGCAGACCCUCGAUCAGUAUGUGAAGGCCCAGCGUCAGCUGCUCGAGGUCGAAGCUCUCGCCCGCGCACGGACGUUGCGCGAAUCUCGGCUGCUCGACGAGAAGAUGCGUGACACCUUCUCUCAACUUCGGCGCUCGGCGUACGAGCUCGGCAGCAGCUCGCAACCCACGGAUGACACUGGCGCCCUGCGCCUCAAGUCGUCAGGCAACGCGCAGAAUCACGCCCGAGAAGUCACGCUGCUCGAGAAUGGCAUGGUCGUCGAGCACGUCGACCUGCGUCGCGAAGAGAAGGAGGAGCGCGAGCGGCGGCGCAAGGACGAAAAGCGGGAGAAGAGCCGCGCGCGCAAGUCGUCCCGCAGUUCCCGCUCUGUGGCCGACAUGGCUUCGGUCUACUCGAUGCCGCUGCAAAGCCCAAUCCCGCAGAUAGACAGCGGAUUCUUCUCUGGGGCCCGCGAUUCAAGGCACUCGCAGUCGUUCUCGCCGCGCCCGAGCAGCGUGCUCACUGGUGGAAAUGAGCGGCCACAGACGCUACUGCGCGCUCAGUCGCAGGCGUCGUUCUCGGACAUGCAGAGCGUCGGUUCUGCGUCGUCGCCGAGGCGCUCUCGCUUCUUCGGAUUCAAGAACCUGAGCGCUGCGUGGCUAAGUCGGGAUAGCAUGGCUCCGUCGGGUAGCAUGAUGGACAUGCACGUUGCCCUACAGCAAGAGCAGGCAUACUUCGCUGCACAUCCUUCUGCGCUUGACAUCUCCUCUACUACACCCACCCUCAGAGCCUCUCAGUCAUGGCCUCGUGGGGAGACCUCGCCUGAGCCAGUCGUGUCCUCCGUUCCUGCCAACAAGAAGAAGAAUGGUCUCAAGAAGAUCUGGAAGCUGGUCACUCGCUCAUCGAAGGGCGCUGCUAAAGGAGUCAGCCAGUCUAAGUCGGUCGACAGGCACGAGGACGACAUGCCCUUGGCGCCUCCGCCGCCACUGUCCUACCUAGUUGACAGAGAGCGAGGCGCGGGGAGGCGACAUGUCUCCACCCCCUCGUUGCUCUCUUCGAUGUCGCCCAACGGAUUCUCACAGUUUGCACCUUCGCCGCCGACUGCGCCUUCUAGUGCGCUCCCGUCGCCGACGUCUUCACGUUACCCGGUCCUCGAGGAGAAGUCCAGCGGCGAGGCGCACAAAGAGCAGGUGAAGCAGGAGAUGGAGCCUGAUCAUCGCAUAUCAGCGUUCGAGCUUGGGCCGUCCAACGACACCGGUUCACCUGAUCUGGAGAACCGCGGUCGCACAACACACAGCUCCUCAAAGACGCUGUCCAGUUCCGGACCCACGACCCCCGGUACAUCACCACCCCAUCAACGCCCUCAGUCUACACUCCUUUCCCGUGACAAGUCUCUCCCACCUAUUCCCGGCGAGCCCGCAGUGGAGUUCCCCGGCAACACUGGUCUCGACGGGCGACCACAGACCAUGUACGACCUACUCCAGAACUCCUCCAACCCCAUGUCUCGGGGUUUGAUGCCUCCGCAAGCGCCCUUCCGGACGCCAGACACCAGGCGACAGUCGUUCGGCGGAAUGGCGUCCUCGCCGCACCCCGCCGUCCAGAGCCUGCCCAGCCGGAGCCCGUACGGACGCGGGACACUCAACGUACCUCCGUUCCUCGCGGAGGAGAAGUACGCGGAGUUCGGCGCUUCAAGUCCGUCGCUGACGCAGUGGGGUACGCAAGGUGGCAAGCGUGCGAUGACCACGCCGUCGAAGCCGAAGAAGCGGCGUAGCCGGUUCGGGCUUACCUCACUCUUUGGCAAGAAGUCGACGGACACGGAGCGGGACUCGCAAGUCUUCGCACCGAGCGCCACGAACGGCUCCGUGAACGGGUCGACGGAGCCUGCCGACUACAACCCGUACCGCUCCUCCGCGUCGGACCAACGCGACGAGCCGAGCUUCAACGGGUAUGGGGGACCUGGCUCCGCACACAGCAGCUCUGCGCCGCGCAUGUCGAUAAUCUCGAAGAAGAACAUCGCGGAGCUCGUCGACCAGGACCCCGAGUUCGUCGCGUACCGCUAUCCGUCUUCGGAUCAGCGCCUGGAGGUCCUGCGGUGAUCGUCGACCUUCUGCCAGCCGUCACGUUCACCUUACGCCAUCCGCUUUCCUCGCCCCGUGCAUUUGUACUACAAGUACCUCACCACCCAUUCCCUUAAUGCAAAACCUUCGGGCUUCCCACUCCACAUUUUCUUUGCCCCGCUGGAAAGCACACCGGACUCUCGUCGCUCCCGUUCUCCCUUCAAUACCGCAUUCUCCAUUGAUCACCCACAUCGAUUCUGAUUCCCCCGUCACUCACUGUUCGCGCCCCUGCUCCCCGUUCUUGUCUCUAUGCCCCACUUGUUCGCUGCUGCCCGCGCUCUGCAUUCGGUCCCGGUCCCGGUCCUGAUCCCCGCAUCCCCGUCCGUUUGCCUGUCUGCCCCCCUGCCGACGGACGCUACACGUAUUCCACAUUUUGGUCACGCCCCAUGUAAUUCGCUGCCCGUCGUCGUCCCUUCCGCGCUCUCCCGGUGGUCGAUGCAUGUGUACUAGACCUGCGCUUCCGCCUAUUAAUCACUCGCAUCGUUUUCGCGAAUCUCGGGACGUGUCCGACGUCCGAAGUAAGUUGUGUGGUGUUCGAUGGAAGGCCGCGGGCGACGCCGACGUCGAGGUGGCGCGAGCGGGUGUGAUUGUGUCAGGUCGGUGCUUCUCCUUCUGCUGCAGUC